AUGGCACCAAUGCUCAAAUUCACUGUGCAAGUCAGCAAACCAGAACUGAUUCGACCAGAGAUACCAACCCCAAGAGAAUUCAAAUAUUUGUCCAACAUCGAUGACCAAAAAGGCCUAAGAAACCACAUACCUUUUGUGCAUUUCUAUCCCCCAAGCACAGCUUCAUCACAGACUCAUGAUCAAGACCCAGUUGGGCUGAUAAAACAGGCCUUGGCCAGGGCUCUUGUUUACUACUACCCCGUGGCCGGGCGGCUCCGGCAUGCUGAUAAGGGCAAGCUCGUUGUGGACUGUUGUGGUGAGGGAGUGAUUUUUCGUGAAGGCAAUGCUGAUAUCAAAUUGGCACAGCUGCGUGAAGCUGAUGGUGGACUGAAGCCACCAUUUCCUCAAUGGGAGAGUUUGCUUGUGGAUGAUUUGUGGGGAAGUGUUCUUAUCACUGAUUCACCUUUGCUUCGCAUGCAGGUCACAAGACUUGCAUGUGGAGGCUUUGUCUUGGCAUACACAUUGAACCACUGCAUCUGUGAUGCCUAUGGCGCCUACAUCUUGAUAAAAGCCAUUUCAGAAUUCUGCUUAAACCCAACUCAAGCAGCUCCUUCAUUGUUACCAGCUUGGGGAAGACAAGCCCUCCACCCAAGGUCACCUCCCACCAUCUCCUACCCCCACCAUGAAUAUGACGUCACAUCAUCAUCCCCUCAUGAUCCUGAAGAUCCUACCGCUGCCUACACCGAAACCGACUUCAAGUCUCUUGCUCAAACUUCAGUCUUCCUCUCUCGGGCCGACAUAUCAUCUCUCAAGAACCAAACUUACUCCCAGAAAAGCCCUGCCUUUCACGCAAUAGCGUGGUGUCUGUGGAGGGCAAGGACUAGAACCCUAAUGAGCCCUCAGUCCACCACGAGGCUUCUCUUCCCUAUCGACACCCGCUUUCAGUCCACUCCUUCCCUCCCUGAAGGCUACUACGGAAGCGCUGUCGUGUUCGCCUGCGCCAUUGCCAAGGCAGGCGAACUAGUAGACAGCCCGUUACAUUAUGCUUCAAACUUGAUAUCACAAGUGAAGAAGGUCGUCACUGAAAUUGAGUAUAGAGCCUCGAUGCUGGACUUCAUCGAGAUGAACCGGCGCAGAGAGUUCGUUGCGGAUGGGGGGUUUGCAGUUUCGGAUAUGAGCAAAUUGAGGUUUGUUGAUUUGGAUUUUGGGUGGGGAAAAGGUGUGUAUGGUGGACCAGGAAGAGCUGGAACUGGGCUUGUUCCUGGGAUGGUGACUUCAGUUAUUGGGCACAAAAAUGAGGAGGGUGUUGAAGGGGUUUUGGCUCUGGUUUCACUGCCUGCGGAGUAUGUGGAGAAGUUUCGUAAGGAGGUAAGGAAAGAGAUCGACUGUGGUAAUUCUUAUGCCAAACAUAUUUCUGUACUGUAG